CGUACGAAAUCCGAAAUCCGCAUAUGUUUGCUGUGGCUGCUGAUUUUAUUCGAAACGCCUCGCUGUUGGACCAGUAGCAGCGCUCUACUUGCUCUCAAAAAGACGACGUCGACGACUAUUCCGAUCCUCCGCAACUUCUUGGGCUGUCUCGUGUAAAAAAGCAACGAACUUUGUUUUACGUUUUCUUUCCUUUCUCGAUUUUGUGUUCUCUCGUUCCGAGAACCGGAGCCGGAGUAUACGUGUUGAGGACUCAUCGCAGAAUUCCAGCUGAAAACAGUCGGGUUGCCCACCUUGGCUUUGUUGUUGGGACGGCGGAGAAAAAAAAAUAAAAUUAAUGUCAGAAGCAGAGUUCCAGCCAUUGCAUUUUUAGUGCACCCCACAUUCACGAGUGGAUAAAUCGAAGCAAAAGAUUACGACAGAGUGAAAAGAAGCAGCAGUAGCAGCACCAGAAGCAGAUUGUGGUUGCUGUGUUUGUGCGGUGAAUCAAAAAAAAAAAGUUAGCCGGAGGAAAAAGGCCGUGAAGUGUGUUGUGGAAGAGGAGAGUGGUUAGAUAGAAGAGAGUGUUCGAAGUAGCGGAAUAGAGUUACUAAAACCUUGCACUACACGCUGAGGAAGGUAAAAGGGCAUGGAUAUGUUCGAGAAAGGAAGCAUAGUGAAUAUCAAACGAAGCGAUGGUCGCAUACAUUCCGCGAUGGUAUCCCGGAUCCACGAGGCGUCACGCUCGGUCACUGUUGAGUGGUACGAGCGUGGCGAAACCAAAGGCAAAGAAGUCGAGCUGGAUAUGCUGCUCGAGUUGAACAAACCAGAAAUGCUGGCGGAUGCGACCAACAAUACUGAUGCCAGCCAUAUACCACAGCUCAGGAAGGAUCACGUUACCCCUGCUCCAGCCAACCUUGCCAGGGAAUCUUCACUAUCGUCGGCCGAAGACGAUGGCUUCCUUGAAGAUCAAGAAGAUCCAACUUUACUUCACCAAAGCAACGGUAGCAGCAGUAACAACAACAACAAUAACAACCAUCUCCACGGUAGUAGUAGUACGAAUGGCACAAAUGGCAGCAAUGGCGGACCGGGACUAGGCGGCGGAACCAUGUCAAUCAGCCGGUCCACGAAUCCAGCGUCCAAGGCGAAUGCCACGCAAGGUGCAAUCAGCAGACUAAACAUGGUAAACGGAGCUGCUCGAACAGCACGAACUUCGCUGGCUCCGAGCAUCAACGGUCAGGAUCAGUCGGAAAACAUUCCUCCGCAAAAGGCGAAACAAGCAAAGGCACAACCCAUCAGCAGAAUGUCGAUGGCAACCCAACCAACCGCCGCCGCCGCCGCUCCCCAGGUCGCUCCGCAACCGGCGGCAGUUGCAGCACUAGCUACGGCUGCAUCGAAUCCUCGUCGAUCGUACGUCGUCAAGGAAGUGGAACGGCUGAAGGAAAACCGCGAGAAGCGGCGAGCGAAACAAGCGGUUAUACGAGAGGAGAAGAAUGCCCUUAUGAAUCUGGAUCCGGGAAAUCCCAACUGGGAGCUGGCAGCGAUGAUCCGCGAGUAUCAGAGCCAGAUCGACUUCCGGCCACUGCUGGAUGGACAGGCUAUCGAGGACCAUCAGAUAACGGUGUGCGUACGGAAGAGGCCCCUCAGUCGGAAGGAAGUCAUGCGCAAAGAGUUGGACGUGAUUUGUGUGCCCACAAAAGAUACGCUGAUCGUACACGAGCCCAAGACUAAGGUGGAUUUGACCAAAUUCCUGGAAAAUCAUAAUUUCCGAUUUGACUACGCAUUCGAUGAUAGCUGCAGCAACGAGUUGGUUUAUAAAUACACGGCAAAACCUCUUGUACAAACGAUUUUCGAAGGUGGCAUGGCCACUUGUUUCGCGUAUGGCCAAACUGGUUCCGGUAAAACCCACACCAUGGGUGGUGAUUUCAAUGGCAAGGUUCAGGACUGCAAAAAUGGUAUUUACGCGAUGGCUGCGAAGGACGUGUUCGCCUAUCUGCACAGCGCCAAGUACAACCACCUCAGUCUGGUGGUGUCGGCAAGCUUUUUCGAGAUCUACAGUGGAAAGGUCUUCGAUCUCUUAUCGGACAAACAGAAGCUACGCGUGCUCGAGGACGGCAAACAGCAGGUUCAGGUCGUCGGUUUGACGGAAAAGGUCGUCGAUUCCGUCGAAGAAGUCCUAAGCAUUAUCAACCACGGCAACAGCACUCGCACUUCGGGCCAAACAUCGGCCAAUGCCAACUCAUCCCGGUCGCAUGCCGUGUUCCAGCUGGUGGUGCGGCCGAAAGGUUCAACGAAGAUACACGGUAAAUUUUCCUUCAUCGAUCUGGCCGGAAACGAGCGAGGAGCGGACACCUCGUCCGCCAACAGACAAACGCGCAUGGAGGGUGCGGAAAUAAACAAAUCGCUGCUAGCGCUGAAGGAGUGCAUCCGGGCGCUCGGCAAGCAGAACGCUCAUUUGCCAUUCCGGGUGAGUAAGCUCACCCAGGUCCUGCGAGAUUCGUUCAUCGGCGAAAAGAGCAAGACUUGCAUGAUCGCGAUGAUUUCACCCGGACUGAGCUCGUGCGAGCACACGCUGAACACGCUGCGCUAUGCGAACCGCGUCAAGGAACUGGUGGCCAUCGACCCAUCGGAACGGUCGGACGACGUCGAGCCCAUGGAGAGUGACGAACCGAAAAACAAUGGUGUUCUCAAUGAGAAUGAUUUGGCCCAGCUGCGGUCAUUGAAUGAACAUGAUAUGUCUGUUGAACUGUAUAACCAGCACGCGGCCAUUUCGGAUCUACAACAGACGGAGGAAGAAGUAGUGGAUCAUCACCAGAAAGUGAAUGAGUUCUUGAUGAAAUUCUUACCGGAAUCGCGGGAACUCUACAAACAGACAAACUAUGUUGAUUAUGAUCAAGAUGCUUACUGCAAACGUGGUGAGGAGCUUUUCACUCAGCUGGCGGAGAUUGCAACCACCUGCAAGGAUUUGAUGUCUGAAUUCCGCGCAAAACUGGCCAAGGAGGAGAUGCUGUCGCACAAGAUAAUUCCCGAUCGAAAGUAUAAAUAAAACCCCUUCAAUCAUAAGAGCGAAUGGAGUGGAGAGAGUGGGCUAGUGGCGGCGGGAACGUUGAGGGUCCAACAAAUGAUGGGGGAAGUGUUGUGGUGUAGAAGUGACAUGAAGGCUGUGCUCACAGUGUUCCUUUUACAGUCACCGUUUUCUCCGUAUUGUUGCACCGUUGUGUAGUUUUAUGUCUGAUAACGAAUGUUUAUAAAUUGUUGAUUCAAAACAAAAUAACGAUACGCCCGCUGCAUGGCCAAGUACUGCUGCAAGGGAACCAUCGUGGGCGAAGAAGGGGGCAUUUCGUGGAGAUGCAGAAAUAUUUAUUUAUUUAACAAUGUUUCGUAUCAGUUUUUAUGUCUAUUUCAACUAACGCCACAAUACAGAUGAAAAACGCGCGAAAUAAACUAUCCACUACAAGUGAUGAAAAAAACAACAUAAACACGAUUUGGUUGUAAGGUACUGAGAGGGAGAAGUGAUACAAGAUAUUAAACAAGAAACUAUAGCCUAACUAAUUUUCAGUAAGACAAAGACUACAUCGUAGUAGUGGUUUAGAAGAAAAUGAGCAAACAAUAUAUUUAAAUCAAACUAUUUCCUAAUAAAAAAAAAUUUAACACUUUCUACUGAAUAAAGCCGCCGCUUGACAAAAGUCAUAUAUUCAUUCCCCUUUACAGUGAGUAAAAGAGAAGAGUCAUAUAGGGAAAGCGCUGGAAAUUGGAUGCAAAUUUCCGGCAGACUGUGCGCGAACACUAAUAACCCAUAAAAGCGUUCCGGAUAAAUAUUUCUGAUUCCUUUCUCCACACAGCGCGCAACUAUCGUAGCUUCUAUACAAAAAUGAAUAACGAAACAGAAAUAGUAAACGUGUGUUAUGUCAAGACUGCAAGAGGUGCAUUACUGUGUGCGCUUACCGAAAGACACGAUUAUCUAAGAGACAAACAAACAAGCAAAUAUUGUGCAAACAGCGAGAAAAGGGAAAGUGUUAACGUCCGAUAAACGAGGGUUUUGGCCACGGCAGAUUAUCGCGGUGAGAUACUGCAUGACUAAUUACUGUACACGCUACUCAAUACGCUGGAGCGGAAGCAAGCGAAACGGAACCAUGUUGUUUCUGAUUCCAUUUUUUUUUUUGAAGAAAGAUUAGAGAGUGAAAACUGUAGAUAGGAAUGGCUUGUUAUAAUAAUGAAAUCCGAACCGAAGCCGGACAGAAAUCCAAAACCAAUUCACUAAAGAACGAGAAGAAAUAGGAUAACUAUAAACGAAGUGUAGUGGGUGGAGUGUUCUGGGGGUGUAUGACCAAAAACGCGGAGACAUGAGAGAAAAGUAGACGUCUCGAGCGAGAAAUCUCAUAAGACAGAGUCAAGGCUUUAUACGCGCGGAAGUUAGUUAAGUUUAUAGUUCAUAUUUCUUUUCUUUACCAAUGGGAACAAUAAUUUGCUUCGAAUUUCAAUUUGUUUUUCAGAAGAUAUUUUCGUGACAAAAUUAAAAUAAAAAAAACAAUAAAAACAUGAGCACACACACAGAUAGAAGAAAAACAAAACACUCCAAAACAAGCGAAAAAAGGCGACCAGGCAAACACUUAAAGAAAGUGCGCCCGGGCUGAAGAAAACUAUACGCAAUUAAUUAUGGUCAUUAUUUAAUUAACCUUGUUUUUUAUAAUGAUACAAUGAAAGUUUUUUUACUCAUCUCAAAAAGAUAACAAUCAAAAUUAACGAAACAAAA